AUGAGAAAAGUAUCGAAAAAUCGUACCGAUGACGAUGUGAUGUCUUCCACAAAUGGAUCUGGGUCUGUGGCUACUGAAGAAAACCAAGAUGCUGAACAGCCAGUUGAUGAUGAAAAUGAAAAGGUGCCUGAGACUAAGUCAGGAAAUACCGAUGAUAGUGUCAUCGACUCUUCUGAUGUAGCUAAAGAAGAGGCAGAUACUCCUAAAAAGGCGAAAGCUAAAAAAAGCAAAUCUAAAAAAAAGAAAGCGGAAAAACCAAAAAAAGUCGACGCAGAAGAGUAUGAGGUAGAAAAAAUCAUAGAUUCUAAAAGAAUAAAAGGAAAAUUGCAUUAUCUCAUACGUUGGAAAGGUUACUCAGCUGAUAGUGAUACAUGGGAGCCAGAAAAUACUUUAUCUUGUCCUGAAUUAAUUAACAAAUUCAAUGAAGAAAAAGAAAAUUCAAAGGAUAAAGAUGGUGAUACACCCCAAGAGAAAAAAGGUAACAAACGAAAAUCGAAAACUAACCCCAAGACAUCCCCUAAGAAAGCAAAGAAUGCAGAAUGGGACAGUGAAAAUGCUGAUGAAGCAGCUGAAUAUGAGGUUGAACGGAUUUUGGAAGUUCAUCAUAAGAAAUCUGGGAAAAGGGAAUUCCUUAUCCAUUGGAAAGGAUGGUCUAGCAAGUUUGAUUCUUGGGAACCUGAAAGCAAUCUUAACUGUCCUGAGUUAAUAAAAAAAUUUAUGGAUAAAGUAGACGCUGCGCGCUCAUCUGAUUCACGGAGUCUAAGAGUCGCUCCUGAAACCACAAAUCGGUUUACAUUGCAAGAUCCAACUUCAGGUCGUCGGCUCAGCAAAAGGAGGGGUCAGCGUCAACGAGUCCGUUAUGAUAACGCUGAGUAA